UUAGGAGGAGGGAUGGGGGGCAGGGACUCGUGGUUUGAUGAAGUGUACGGGUCGAGUUCAGCCGUCACGUCUCCCACUCUCUCCCCUCCUGGUGCCGCCACGAGAAGCAUUUUCCAGGGGGAGUUUGACCUGGGAGAGGGGAGCGCAGGAGGGGGGAGCGGAGGGGGGAGGAUGGGUGGAGCAGGGAUGGGGGGAGGGGGAAUGGGGAUCGGGGGAGGUGGUGGGAGGAGAGGAGGGGGGAUGGAGGAGGGAGGGGCGAGGAGGGGCGGGGGUGGCGUUGGGGGGGGGAUGGAGAUGGAUGGAGGAGGGGGGGAGUUCAAGUUUGGGAAUUUGAUGCCCGGCGCUCAAGCCCAGCCCGACCCCUUUCAUCUCCCUUCCAUCAUCUCCCUUCCAUCAUCUCCCUUCCAUCAUCCCCCUUCCAUGAUCUCCCUUCCAUCAUCUCCCUUCCAUCAUCCCCCUUCCAUCAUCUCCCUUCCAUCAUCUCCCUUCCAUCAUCUCCCUUCCAUCAUCUCCCUUCCAUCAUCUCCCUUCCAUCAUCUCCCUUCCAUCAUCUCCCUUCCAUCAUCUCCCUUCCAUCAUCUCCCUUCCAUCAUCUCCCUGAUGCACGAGUCACUAAUGCGCAGGAAUAGGGAAGCUGCUCGAACAGCGGGCAGCGGCAGCGGUGGCGGUGGCGGCGGCGCCGGCGCCGGCGGUGGCGGUGCUGGUGGUGGCAGUCUGUUUUCUCUUGAUGACUCACCCACAGCUAGAGACAUGGAGGGACGGGCUGAGGGGAGGGGUGAAGGAAGGGUGGAGGGAAAUGGAGGGAAGAGGGGGGAGAGGGAGAGGGAGAUGGAGGGGAGAGGGGGUAGGGAAAUGGAGGGAAGAGGGGGGAGGGAGAUGGAGGGGCGAGGGGGAAGGGAGGGGGGUGGGAGAGCAACGGCGGCGGCGCAUCGGCUGUCCAAGCUGCAGGACGAGUCGGGUGUUGGGAGCGGCAGCGGCAGGGAGCAGGCGUCUCGCCAGCGAGGAGCUGCCAUGGGGUCAAACCAGCAUCAGCAGCAGGGCCGCCGCUCCUCCAUCGACAUCUGAGCUGAGCUCCCAGACUCGUCAUGUCUUGAUCUAACACCAACACUCGGGUACCUUUUUAGCAAGGUCUUCAAAGAAUGCGGACGGGAACACCGUUUUUGCAACCCGGUUUCUGCAUGGCGAUUAUUUCGUUCGUUCACCUGUAUGGCAUUGCUGGCCAACGUAACCAGCAGUGGCUUCUAAUUAUGAAUGUCAAGUAUGCUUCGAAACGGUUGGGGGGAUGGCUAAAGUCUCUUGUGUGUUAGUGCUUUUGUUUCUCCAUAUUAUAUGAUGCUUGAGUAAAAUGUUACUCCCUUUUGUCUCACUUUUUGCUCGUGUAAACCAACUUUUC